AUGCCUCUCCAUCGGGAAGAGUCUUUUGCCUCCAUAUCCGACCAAUUGGCUCAACUCGUUGCCAUAACUAUCGCCAACAACAACCGCCUCGAUGCCAUCAUCGCCAAGCUAACCGAAACCACUACAAUCCUUACUACGACAUUGAUCGUAAGCACAAAUAUGGGGGCUAUCAUGUCACAACCGCCACCACCAUCGCCUCCACCAUCAGUGACAUCCAUAUCACAAUCGUUGCUACUAGCAACACCGACAUCUCCAUCGAUAACACCGCCAACACCACCACCAUCACCAAUCCAAUUGAAGAUAAAACCGUUAUUGCCACCAUCGCCAAAGGUCCCGCUCCAACCGAUAACACCGCCAACACCACCACCGUCACCAAUCCAAUUGAAGAUAAAACCGUUAUUGCCACCAUCGCCAAAGGAACCGCUCCCACAACCGCCAUCGACAACUACCUAUGGACAUAUCCGACAUCUGAAGAUCUUUUUCCGUCAGUUUGACGAAUGUUUCAACACCCUCUUUACUCUAAACAUUUAUUUGUUGGACCUCGAGGACGAGGCUGACCACCUCGAAUCGGUCGCUAUCAUUUGGUGCUUUCAUUCCCGAACUCACAAUGCCUCUCCAUCGGGAAGAGUCUUUUGCCUCCAUAUCCGACCAAUUGGCUCAACUCGUUGCCAUAACUAUCGCCAACAACAACCGCCUCGAUGCCAUCAUCGCCAAGCUAACCGAAACCACUACAAUCCUUACUACGACAUUGAUCGUAAGCACAAAAAUGGGGGCUAUCAUGUCACAACCGCCACCACCAUCGUCUCCACCAUCAGUGACAUCCAUAUCACAAUCGUUGCUACUAGCAACACCGACAUCUCCAUCGAUAACACCGCCAACACCACCACCAUCACCAAUCCAAUUGAAGAUAAAACCGUUAUUGCCACCAUUGCCAAGGUCCCGCUCCAACCGAUAAACACCGCCAACACCACCACCGUCACCAAUCCAAUUGAAGAUAAAACCGUUAUUGCCACCAUCGCCAAAGGAACCGCUCCCACAACCGCCAUCGACAACUACCUAUGGACAUAUCCGACAUCUGAAGAUCUUUUUCCGUCAGUUUGA